AAUUCAUCAAUAUCGGCUGACAUUAUGUACGUGUAACGUGUCUAUGAUAUUCAUAUAUAUCCUUCAUUUAUGUUUGUAUAUAUAUAUACAUGUUCGUUCAUGUAAUCUAAAUACAAGUCAUAACAACUUGAAAAAAAUACCAUACAAUAAUAUAAUCUUCCACCAAUAUUCCUAGCAUUCUCAUACAUGUAUUGCGUCACCAUGGCUUCUCUAAGCACAUCCGACGUCCAACGAAUGUUCAACUCCCUCGACCAAAACAAAGACGGCUUGUUAACCCUAGACGAGCUCGUUUGGCUACUAGACAAGACCGGUGUACACGUUAGCGAAGACGAGCUAGCUUCAUUGGUGGGUAAGGAAGGUUUGGACUUUGAUGAGUUUUCUUAUUUUUAUGACAUGAUAUUGUUGGGUAAUAAUGUUGGAAAUGGAGGGUCAAGUGAGAAUAAUAAUGAUGAAGUGAAGGAAGAAGAAGUGGAUAAAGACUUGUAUAAGGCAUUUAAGGUGUUUGAUUUGAAUGGUGAUGGACUUAUUUCUUCUCAAGAGCUUCAAAGUGUGCUUUGGAAAUUGGGAAUGUGGGAUAAUUUUGGUGGGUUAGAUUGUGAUAGAAUUAUAAGUAAAUAUGAUGUUAAUAGUGAUGGUUUUGUAGAUUUUAGUGAGUUUAAAUCAAUGAUGCUUGCACAUUGAGCUUGUGUAAUAAUAAUAUGGGCUAAAUAUGAAAUCCAUUUCUUAUCAUUGUUUGGUAUGAA